UGAAGUAAGCGUGAAAACUUUAGCAGUUCUCAUUAGCAGUUUUAAUCCCACGGUCCUACACCUGUCCCCUCUGCCUGACACAAUGGGAGCAACGUCAGACAGUCAAGCCAUAGACCUCCUGCAUCAAGCUAAAGAAAUAGUGGAGCUCAUGAAAGAGAAUCAGUUGAUGGACUUCCAGAAUGACUGGAAACUAAUCACAGUGUUUUUUAGUGCUGAAAACCCACGUUCCUCCUGUGCUUCCACACAACUGAAGAACUGCACAUUGGAAAACCUGGAACAACUUAAAGCUGUCUUGGAUUUCUUGUAUAAAAAGGUUCCAAAGGCCUUCGUAAAUCUAGUGGAUUCCACUGAGCUCACAACAGCCUCUCCUGCAUGGCAAGAUUACAGUAAUGCCAGGCACUUACCAGCCCAAGCAAGAAAUCUCCUGAGACUUAUGAAAACUGAUGAUAGAAUUGACUUCAGUGCUGACUGGAAGAUCAUAACUGUGUUUAUUGGAGCCAAUGAUUUGUGCAACUAUUGCAAAGACCCUGAACACUACUCAGCUGAGAAUUACAUCAAAAGGAUCCAAGAAACUCUUGAUAUUCUGCACAAGGAGGUUCCAAAAGCUCUAGUGAGUCUGGUUAAUGUGGUGGAUGUCCUCUCUCUGAGGCAGUUAUUUGUGGAUACUCAAGUUCAGUGCCCAACUUACUUAGCAGAUUAUCUGUGUAGCUGUGUUUUCACAGGAGAAGAAAACUCAGAAAAUUUAACGAUGGUGAGGGAAGCCACCAGAGCUUACCAGCUUGGCAUUCAGAGACUAAUAGAGUCUGGCAGAUAUGACACUCAUGAAAAUUUCACAGUGGUCAUCCAACCUUUCCUCCAAAAUGUGGAGAUUCCUUUACGUCAGGAUGGGCGUCCAGAAGUCUCCUACUUUUCACCUGACUGCUUCCAUCCAAGCCAGAAAGGCCAUUCUCAGCUUGCCAAGGCUCUCUGGAAUGCCAUGUUACAGCCUGUAGGCCAGAAAGCUGACUCAUUUGAUUUCGCGGCUGACAUCGUCCUUGGCUGUCCAGCUCAGAACAAGCCAUUCCUGGGAACAUACAAGAAUAGCAACUACACACCUGUGGAGCCCACUAGUGAGCCAAUAGAGAAUUGGGGCAGUGAGCUAUCGUGUCCUGAACAGUCUCCAUCUAGUCGUGUCCCAACAUCAGUACAUGAGCUACGACCUGCUGACAUCAGAGUCAUAGGAGCACUGGGAGAUUCCCUGACUAUUGCAGUAGGAGCCAAAGCACUUGACCUAGAAACAGACUGGAGGGGACUUUCCUGGAGUAUUGGAGGUGACGAGACCCUGGAGAUCCAGGCUACUUUACCUAAUAUCUUGAAGAAAUUCAAUCCGAACCUCUUUGGCUUCUCCACUGGCUCUUCUAAGGAAACAGCUGGAUUCAAUGUUGCAGAGAGAAAUGCCACAGUGCGCAAUAUGCCAACCCAAGCACGUGAAUUAGUGGAGCUAAUGAGAAGUAGCUCGAAAAUUAACUUCAAGGAAGACUGGAAGCUGAUCACUGUCCUUGUUGGAGGCAACGACCUGUGCCAGUACUGCUUGGACAAGGAAACCAAUUCAGUGCAAAAGUAUGUAAAGCACCUUCAGGACACUCUGGAUAUUUUCUAUGAGGAGCUCCCAAGAGUCUUUAUCAACAUGGUGGAGAUGCUAGAGGUUUCUGGACUGCGUCAGAUCACAGCAAGCUUUUCACGGUGUGCUUUGACAGCAAAGAAAAUUUGUCCAUGUUUCUUAAACCCUGAGGAAAAUUCUCCUGAACUACAAGAAAUUAAAAGAGUUAACAGAGAUUUUCAGGCUGAAGUCUUGCAGCUGAUCAACAGCGGUCGGUAUGAAAACCGUGAGGACUUUGCCGUUGUCACACAGCCGUUUUUCCGAAACACCUUGUUGCCCCUGGAUAACACCAGCAGGCCAGAUCUGAGUUUCUUUGCUGCAGAUUGCUUUCAUUUCAGUGUAAGAGGCUAUGCUGAGAUGGCCAUGGCUCUCUGGAAUAACAUGCUGGAGCCAGUUGGUGAAAAGCAGACUUACAACAACUUUACCUAUGACAGAUCAAAACUCAAGUGUCCAAACCCAGAGAAACCUUUUCUUUUCACACGGAGAAAUAGUGGAUUUGGAAAUUCAGACCUCAGCUUGGAGAAAUCUGAACCUUCCGUCCCUUACUGGACUGUCAUUGUGGCUGCAAUAGCCGGAGUCCUGUUGGGUUCUUUACUUGUCUGCCUUGUGUCACGAAGAAGAACCAAGAAGCCCCAACAUAAGACUGACAUAGAAAACAUUAAAACAACCCCUCUAUAACACAAGUCGAACAAACAUCUUUCUCUGGCUGCUCAUUGGUGUGACACAGAGUAGCAGAAUAAAAAACCUGUUGAAUAUGAAUGAAGCUUCUUGGUUGCCCAGGGAUUUUUGGGCCCAAUAAUCUUAGUAAGAAAGGUACUAUAGAGUUAGCUUCUGCAGAUCAGUCAGGUGGAGGAUGAAGUUACAAGUAUGUUGUGGUUUAACCCCAGCUGGCAAAUAAGUACCACACAGCUGCUUGCUCAUUCCCCCCAUUGCCCCUCAGUGGGAUGAAGAGGAGAACU